AUGGAAUUUUUUGAUAUGAUACCCGUCCCUAAAGUCGGUUGUGUAGUACUGACAGAGAAAAAAAAUGAAAAGCAAUCAAGACUUGAGGGAACACUUUGUCUUAGUGAUCACCACCUUCUGCUGUCAUUCAGAGAGGAGUUUCGCAAAGACCUUUGGUUACUGUACCGUAAUGUUGACGUUAUUGAAAAAAAAACUAAUAAUCAAAUCCCUGGUGGCAGUAUUGUGUUGAAGUGUAAAGAUUUUAAAAUUUUACAACUAGAUUUUAUUUCUACCGAUGAUUUAUUAAAUAUCGCAACAUCUUUAGAAAAACUCUCAUCACUUGAUCAAACAUUACAAUAUCCAUUUUUUUUUCGCCCACAAACGCUAAAUCUCGAUAAAAACCAAAGUGAAAAUGGUUGGACUGCAUUUACUCCAGUAUCAGAAUGGUCUCAAUUACUGGCAUCUCAUGGAGAUGAAUGGAGAAUAAGUUAUCUUAAUCGCGACUACAAAGUAUAAGAUGAGAGGCUGUUGAAUGUUGUCCUGGGUGCUGGAAGACGCGGAUAUAUAAUUGACACACGAUCCUCUAAUCAAGCGCAAAGUGCUCGAGCAAGAGGUGGAGGAACAGAAAUAGACUCUGCUUAUCCACAAUGGCGAAAAGUUUUCAAAAGUGUUCCUCGUCUUUCAGAUUUGGCUGAAAGUCUUAGCAAAUUAAUAGAGGCUUGUAAUGAUAUUUCAUGCUCUACUAGUCAAUGGCUGUCUAGAUUAGAAAGUAGUGGAUGGUUAUCAACUGUCCAGAGUGCUAUGAAUGCUGCCUGCGUUGCCGCGCAGUGCCUUCAUCAAGAGCUAGCAGCUGUACUAGUCCACGGAGGCGCUGGUCGUGAUUCGACUCUUGUUAUUACAAGUAUAGCACAAAUUAUUUUAAAUCCUGAUUGUAGAACUAUAAGAGGCUUUGAAGCUCUUGUAGAACGCGAGUGGCUUCAAGCAGGACAUCCUUUUUAUACAAGAACACGACAUGGAGCGUAUUAUCCCACAAAUUCACAACAUUCACCUCAUGCUCCAACUUUCCUUCUUUUUCUUGACUGUCUUUAUCAAUUGCACUAUCAAUUUCAAUUUAGUUUUGAGUAUACGACUGACAUGCUUAUUGAACUUUUCAAGCAUGCUUACUUUUCUGGAUAUGGAACAUUUUUAGGCGAUUGUGAAUCAGAUAGAGUAAGUUUACGCUUGGCUGAACGUACUACCAGUAUUUGGACUUAUAUAAAUAGACCAGAAUCAUUGGAAAAAUGGAUGAAUCCAUUGUACGAGCCUAAUCUUGGAAUUAUUUGGCCUAGUGUCGCACCAAUCAGUAUCAAUUUAUGGAAAGAAUUGUAUUUAAGCCACACCUCGGCGUCACCUUGGGAUGGAUUCAUCACCUGUGUCACUCAAAUAAAACAGAAUCAUUUGGCUGUUAAAAAAAUCGCUAAUCAAUUACGAAUACAGGUGCGUCGAGGUUUAGACGAGAUAAUUUGUGAUCCAAAUACUUCCUGUCAAACUGAAAAUGACCAGGAACAAUUGUCUCCCUGUUUUGCACAAUUAACGUUAGAAUCUCAAAAGACUUAA